AUGUUGGGAUUUUUUACAAACUAUUACUCAGUUGGUUACAAUUCGAUUCUUUGUAAAACCCGAUACUAUCUUCUAACAGCAUGUCAAUUGAUUAGUCGAGGUUGUAUUGUCAUGGCAUGUCUUGAUCGAUUUCUUUUAUGUUCACAAAAUGUUCAACGUCGAGCGUUUUGUCAAAGAAAAGUCGCACUAAAAAUGAUCUUUCUCAUUAUAUCGACAUGUUUAUGUUUGUCAAUCUAUGUUCUCAUUGUUUAUGAGCCUAAUUCUGCGAUUGGAAGAAUUAUCGAUACGACGGUUUCAUUUGUAUUUAAUUUCGGCAUUCCGGCAGUAUCAAUGAGUUCACUCAGUGGAUUGAUCAUAUGGAAAUUAAAACAAAAUUCGCAAAGAUUUGCUCAACAAAGAAUUCACGUACGCAAACGAGAUGUUCAACUCUCUGCGAUGCUGAUUGGACAAGUGAUUUUAUACAUUGUCACCGCACUACCAUUUGUGUCUAAUUUUGUUUAUUUAUCAAUAAUACAGUAUGAUCGACCAUCAAUGAGAACACCUUAUCGAAAUGCUGCAGAAAAUCUAGCAACAGUCGCAACUGGCGCGUUCGUAACUUAUGUCUUCAAUGCUAUGAAUUUCUAUAUUUAUACAUUAACAGUGUCGAGUUUUCGUCGUGAAUUGUUUGCAAUGAUUAUUCCAAGCCAACCUUCAAACUAUCGAACUUGA